AUGGCGGAGAAUUGGGCCGACCUCCCUCAAGAGCUGCUACAACUGUGCUCAAGACAACUUCUUCAAAAGGACUGGCUUGCAUUCCGAUCCGUGUGCUUGACGUGGCGUGCCGCUGCGUUCGAAGAGAGGUUCAAUCUACCAUGUCGGAUGCUCGCGGAUGAUAAGUGCACCGAGACCAAGUGGGCUGAGUUCUACAUCCCCUUCAGUUCGCAAAUUCACAAAGUUGUAUUGCCGCAAGUGAAGGGGAAGAGGUGCUUCUCUUCACGGGGUUGGAUCUUGACCAUCGGCACAGAUUUGGAAGUCCACAUGCUGAAUCCCCUGUCCCGUGCCUUGCGCUAUCGCGACGACAUCAUUAAGCUCCCUAACGUGAACAAACUGUCCAGUUGGGAUAACGAAAUACGUGAACCGGAAGUCGUCAAGUUUGUCCUGUCUGCAAGCCCCGCUUCAUCUCCAAACUAUACAGUCAUGGUCUUUUAUUGGUCCUCUGGACCAUUAGCCUUAUGGAAACCAGGCAAUGAGGAGUGGAAAAAGUCGACUCCCCCGGACCCGUAUAAGGAUGUUUUUUGUGUCAUAUAUUACCGGGGGCAAUUUGUCGCAGUUAACUUCAGAAGUAGUAUAUUCACUUGUGAUGUGGAUGGACCAGAUCCAACAGCUCAAGUUAUACUGGAGAUGCCUCUGGAAUUUCGACAUCACUUUGAGGAUAGCGUGGAUCAGUACUUGGUGGAGUCGGCGGGCCAUCUGUUGCUGGUCUCACGAUUAGCACAAGUUCGCGAAACUAGCGAAUUCCGGGUUUUCGCCAUCAAUUUAGAUGCUAGAAGGUGGACGGAGCUUGAGAGCCCAGGGAACGUUGAUGACGACAACAACAAGCACGGUAUCAAGCCAAAGAGCAUUGGAACAUACUACAUGGAAAUGGAUUUAUUCUCCACCUCUAUGGAAUGA